CCGAAGAGCAAACAUAAAUAUUUGCCCCAGUUGGGCCACUGAACUCGUUCUUGAGAUGAUGGGUGAGAGAACGUUCUUGGGCCGCUAUAAAUCAUGGACGACAUUAAUAUAUAUUUAUGCGUGUGCUCAGACAUAUAUAUCUAUUUGCGCACAUUUAUCAUAUCGCCUCAUUAGAUAAAUUGCGAACGACGAACAAAAAACAAAGCCCUGGCUCGACACUGGUUUUGUCACCUUAUCAGCUAAUGAUUACAAAGCAAAUAUGUGUGUUCUUCGGUUUUUGGUCUGGUAUGUCUGACCAAUGCCCGGAUGUCCUAUCAAUUUCGGUGGCCAGUGGUUCAGUCGGCUACCUCGGUUCGUCAGGGAAAGAGUUUCUUGUUUAGACAACGAAAAAUCACAUAAAUCAGCGCGUAAUUAAUCCCCAAUUUAAACAUGGCUCCUGCCAUAAACACAACGGUUAGCACUCUGCUGAGUAAUACAACUUCGGUGGGAAACACUACAUUCCUAACCACGGAAAGUACGAUUUCGACCGGGGAGGUGGACUACAAUUACACCACGCCCGUCACCAUUUGGAUCACCGAUGGCGGCUACGGCGGUCCCUACAUGUUCUUCUAUCCCAGCUACGUCAUUUACAUCGUGCUGGUCUUUCUGUUUGUCAUCGCCUUUCCGCUGGCCAUGAUUAUGAGCGCCAAACGCAAGCGGGAGCUAACUGCCCGGAAUCUCGCCCAGCAGAGACAACGAGCCCGUCGCCAAAUGGAGAUUAAUGUGACGAACAAUUGCAACGGCGGCUCCGGCGGAGUCAGCAACGUGUGCAUGAAUACCCAGGAUGAGGUCAGUGUGCUGCCCAAGACCUUGGAUCUGCCGCCCAGCUACGACGAGGCCGCUUUCAGCGAGCGAAAGCAGGACAGCACCCUGACCAUAGCCACCAGCUUGGAGGCGAGCAAUCCCAAUCUGGCUGCUGGAAUCAACGAACCACCGCCGGUCUACGAGGCGAAUGUGGCCACCACGACCACGUCCUCCACCACAACCACCGUGUUUUUGGUCAACGGACAGCCACCGGUGGUGUAACUCAGCAUUGCGAUUCGGAGGAAUCUUACACAUUUAUUCUUAUUUAUACACCAUACGAGACACCUGUACAGUUUUGCUAAUGUAUAUAAACUUUGCUCCUCGAGAAUUGCUUAAUUUCGGGUGGAUUCGCACAAAAACACGCCACAUAUUUACAGAGUUAAAAGAAAAUAAACUUUUUUGGCUGAAAACUAUUAAA